UUUCAGUAUGACUUACAAAACAUUAUUUAUAUUAUUAAUAUACGCAAGUGUAUUCGUGGCUCAUCGAGUCCUAGUUUUCUUCCCGUUGCCUUCAAAAAGUCACAGUCUGCUUGGAUAUGCAAUUGUUGAUAAUCUUCUGGCUGCUGGGCACGAAGUUGUUCAUAUAACGUCUUUUCCAAGAAAUCAAGUUCGUAGUGAAAACUUUAUCUUGGACAUCGAUGUUUCGGAAAUUGGUAUACGGCUGAAGUCUGCUGUACUAAAUGAUGAGGAUGGCUUUACCAUCAAGGACCUUGUCGGAAAAAAAAUUGAUCUUGUUUACGUCAUGUCCUUUGUGUUUGAAGUCCAUAAACAAGUUCUUCAUAAUUCAAAUGUUAAAGCGCUAUUUAGUGAUCCGAAGCGAAAGUUUGACGCUGUAAUAGUUGAAUGGGGUUACUCUAACUUUGUAGCUGGUAUUGCAUCCAUAUUUGAGAGUCCACUAAUUUGGUGUUCAACAACUGAAGCAUACUGGCAAUCACUGGAACUAAUCGACGAAGUACCUUGCCCAGCGUACCACGUCGAUUUGUUCUCCCACAAUCAUACACCUUUUACCUUCUGGCAGAGGCUUGAAGAGCUCGCUGUUAUUAUUCAACGAAAGAUAUUGGCUAGCAUUUACGUGACACCAAAUGAAAAGAUUGCUUAUUACUCAAUUUUCUCGGCGUAUGCUGAAAAACGGGGAGUGACCCUGCCGUCAUAUGUAGACGCCAUUUAUAAUGGUUCCUUUAUGCUAAUAAAUUCACACCCAACAGUUGGGACCGCAUUUAGAUUGCCACAAAACGCCAAAUAUGUUGCCGGAUUUCACAUUAAACCUGAAGUUCAACCUUUACCCAAGGAUAUUCAAAAAAUAAUGGAUGAAUCUAGAAAUGGUGUGAUAUACUUUAGCAUGGGCUCAAGUCUUAAAAGUAUUGGCAUGAGUAACAAUAUGCAGAGUGUCCUUACAGAAAUGUUGGCGAAAUUAAAUGAAACGGUCAUUUGGAAAUUCGAAAAUGAUUUGAAUUAUAUUCCGGAAAAUGUACAUUUUGUGAAAUGGGCCCCACAACAUAGCAUUUUAGCUCACCCAAAUUUGAAAUUCUUCAUUACUCAUGGAGGACAGCUAUCAACAAUAGAAGCGCUACAUUUUGGAGUACCAGUAAUUGGUAUUCCUGUUAUGGCAGACCAGGUACAAAACAUGCACUCUAUCAGAGGAAAAGGGUUUGGCAUUACUGUGGAUUUGACGGAAGAUAAUUUAGCCUCAGACUUGCUUUCAGCUAUUAAGGAGAUGAAAGCAAACUCAACAUACACAAGAAGAGCUAAAGAGUUAUCAGCAAUUUAUCACAAUCGACAACAGUCUCCUGCGCAGGAGCUGGUGUACUGGAUAGAGUAUGUGAUUGCCACGAGAGGUGCUCCUCAUUUAAGAUCACCAGCAUUAUUCGUACCAUUCUAUAAAAAACUUUAUCUAGACCUCAUUGCUAUUAUCAUAGUGCUGCAAUUAAUUUUUGUAUUAGCUAUUAAACGAUUGAUCUCGGUAGCCAAGGAAAGAAAGAAAGAGAAGAUGACGUAAGUUAUGAUAAUAGGGAUAGUACUGAAAUAAUGUAGUUACAGUCAAAACCGUUUACGACGACGUCGUUUAGAAUAACAUUCCGGUUAUAUUGACCAAAAUCAAAGGUAAAAUCCUGCGCGUAAAAUUAUGAAUAAUUAGGUACUUAAUAACAACAUCAUCGGCUGUUACUACUAUCGGUUUUUCCGACCAAAUAUAAGUAGGCCCUUCGAUGUCGUCAUAACUGAUUUAGACUGUAAUAAAAUUUUCUGGGAUUUCGCUGUUCUCUAUGCUAUUUUAAGAAAGUGCACUUGCAUGCAUGCACUUUUAAUAUUUUUUAAUUUAAUACAUAAUUUUUAUUAGUUUUAGAUUAAAUAAAAUCUAAAAUGUAUUAAUGCUA